AUGGAGAAAGAGGAAGAAAAUGUAAGACAUGGAAGAGGAGAUGAAGUGGAGUGGAAGGACCAGCAGAAGGUGGUACAAAGAAGUUUAUACAAGAAACCUUCUCUGUCAGCCCUGAUGGGCCCUGUGGUGAUGUCAGGAGAGAAUGUGACCUUGUCCUGCAUCUCUGACCAUCAGUUUGACAUGUUCCAUCUCGCCAGGGAAGGGAUGUCUCAGGGACAUGGGCUGCCUACAGUGCAGAGCCACAGUGGGACACUCCAGGCCAAAUUCCUUCUCAGUCCUGUUAUGCAGAAAGGGAACUAUAGAUGCUAUGGCUACUUCAGUAACUCUUUCCAAGUGUGGUCAUCACCAGGAAUCUACAGGAAGCCUUUUCUUUUGGCCUUACAAACUCCCCUGGUGAAUUUAGGAGAGAAGGUGACACUGGAGUGUCAUUCAAAGAUUAUGUUUGAAUCUUUCACUUUGACUUCACACGAAAAAGGAACAAUCAAGGACUUUCUCCAGCUUUCUGCUGAAAAUCAUCUUGGGAGGUCCCAGGCUAACUUCAAAAUAGGUCCUGUGACACCUGACCAUGCUGGGACUUACACGUGCUAUGGUUCUUACAAUCACUCACCAUAUGAGUGGUCUGAAUCCAGUGACCCCGUUGACAUAAAGAUCACAGGUUUAUACAAGAAACCUUCUCUGUCAGCAAUGGUGGGCCCUGUGGUGAUGUCAGGAGAGAACAUGAACUUGUCCUGUGUGUCUGACCUUCAGUUUGACAUAUUCCAUCUGUCCAGGGAAGGGGUGCCUCAGGGGCAUGGGCUGCCUGCAGUGCAGAGCCACAGUGGGACAUUCCAGGCCAAAUUUCUUCUUGGUCCUGUAAUCCAGAAAGGCAACUAUAGAUGCUAUGGCUCUUUCGGGAACUCUUCCCUAGUGUGGUCAUCUGCAAGUGACCCAUGGUACCUUCCUGAAUCAGAUAACCACAGGAACCUGAAUACUCUGAUUGGGCUGUCAGUGACCAUGAUCCUUGUUGUCCUCAUCAUCAUCCUCCGCUGUUAUUGUUGUUCUGGCAUAAAAAGAAAGUCUCAGGAACAAGCUAGUGAAUGUCCUCUGAGUAGUGUGAGAAACCAAGACCAGAGAAAUACAGCCAUCAUGGACCAAGAGUCUGAAGUGAGAGCAACACUGAACAGACAGGACUCUGAAAGACAAGAAGUGCAGGAGGUGGCAUACUUAAAAUUUGAUCAGAUGAUCUUCAAACAAAAAUUGACCACUCCCAAUUCCCAGAUUCCCAAGGAAUUUUCUACUAAUCCCAGUGUGUACAUGGAAGUCAGAAAAUGA